GCUCAAAUGCCUUAACGUGGUUUCAGAAAUAUAAGGAAUGUCAUGGUGCUCCCCACUACGUUAGUACAAUGCUUGCUUUUAGAAACUGUCGUGUGCUUAACUUUGUCCUGUCCAAGCCCUUACCCAAUAUUUCAGCGCCGUGUCUUCGAGGUUUCGCCACCACCCAACAAGAAGCCAAAAUAAACGAUAUGCCCAUUAAGAUGGAAAAUCCGUUCAAACAACCUGAGAAAAGAUGCAUCCUUUGCGACGUUUCAGUGGAUUACAAAAAUAUUCAGUUGUUGUCACAGUUCAUCUCUCCACACACAGGCAGAAUAUAUGGGAGACACAUAACAGGCUUGUGUGGUCAGAAACAAAGAGAGAUUACAAAAGCAAUCAAGAAGGCUCGAUCAGUGGGCUUCAUGUCAGUUACGCUGAAAGAUCCACAGUUUAUGAAAGAUCCCAACAUUUGCAACAUUAGACACUUGGAGUAGCUUCAGCCUCAUCUGACAAGUUUCCAGUCUCCCAUGAUUUGAUUUCAACAACUGAAUAAAAUUCUAACCAAAUGCAUAAACCUG